AUGGAAACGUACUACGGCGUUGUGCGGACGCCCGCCGACGCCAUCAAGCUCUUUGAGGCAUGCAGGCUCGGCCUCCUACCGCGCGUCCAGAGGAGGUUAUCGGAGAAGGAGCGAUCAGCAAUCCGCUCGGGCUCCGUCUUCGUGUGGGAUGAGCGCGAAGCAGGAAUGAGGAGAUGGACCGACGGCAAGUCCUGGAGCGCCAGCCGUGUGUCUGGGAGCUUCUUGACCUAUCGUGAGAUGGAAGGCAAGAGGGGGAACGCGUUUGGCGGUAGCAGGCGAGGCGCCGGGAAGACUCCGGACUCUGGCCGCGGGAGCGACGAGGACCACGACGACGAGCCAGACGGAUACCGUUACAAGCCCGACGGUCUGACGAAGCAGUCGUUCAGCAUCACGAACUCGGCUGGCCAGCAUCUGCACUUGAUCGCAUACUACUCUCGAGGGCCGCUCGAUCUGAUGCAGCCGAGCACAGACCCGAGCCUCAGGCACAUCGUCCCAGCCAAAGGCAUGUAUCCAGAAUCGAGCCUUGCUGAGGCGGCCCCAGCGGUCACACGGACCCCGAUGCACCAGCCGGCCUACCCCCCGCACCACCCACCGCAUCCUCACCACGGCUACCCUCCCCACUACCCGCCUCCAGGCUACGGAUGGCCUCCCUCGCCUGCUGGGACACCGCCCUACAGCCACGGCCACUACGCAUAUUCACAGCCACUUCCG